AUGAUUCUUUGCAGACAUUCUUCAAGAAACGCUAAUAAAUAUCUUUCCAACUUUCAAAAGAAACUUCAAUCUUCUCAGCUCUCCCUCUAUUCUGCCGCUACGCUCGAGUCUGAGACCCACUGCGAGGGUUUUAGUCUUCCAGAUUCACGCGAAGCACACAACUUGUUCGACAAAAUUCCCCAGCGAGAUACCUCGUACUACAACCACCUGCUUUUCGGGUACUCACGCGACGGUCACAACAAAGAAGUCUUAAAUCUUUACACAUGUAUUAAUCGAACUGGAGUUCUUGUUGAUGGGUGUACCUUUUCUUGUGUAUUAAAAGCUUCUGCAAGUUUGCAUAGUGAUGCCUUUGGCAAACAGCUACAUUGCCAGUGCCUUAAAAAUGGAUUAUUUGAUGAUGUCAGCGUGGGGACCUCGCUUGUCGAUAUGUACGUCAAGAAUGAGAAUCUGUGUGCGGGGAAAAAGGUGUUUGAUGAGAUUAAAGAUAAGAAUGUGGUGACCUGGACUUCAUUACUUGCGGGUUAUGCGCAGAAAAGGAUGAUUCGGGAGGUUGCAGAAUUAUUUAGCUCGAUGAGAUUUGAGGGAGUUGAGCCGAAUCCUAUCACGUUUGCAGCCAUUCUUGGGGCCUUGGCCAAUGAGCGGGCCAUACGGGUGGGUAUCCAAUUACAUAGCUUGGUUAUCAAGAACGGUUUGGAUUCAGCUCGGGUAGUGGGUAACUCUUUGGUUACUCUGUAUUCAAAAUGUGGAAUGGCCAGAGAGGCUAAGGAUGUGUUUGGCGACACUGAGGGUAGAGAUGCAGUGUCCUGGAACGGGAUGAUAGCAGGCCUCAUCGCGAACGGGCUUGAGUUGGAGGCUCUCAACACAUUCGAUGGAAUGAGACUUGCUGGUGUAAAGUUCACGGAUACUACUUUCCUUACCAUGAUUAAGUUAUGCUCGAAACUUAAAGAAUUGGGUUUUGCCAAACAGAUCCACUGCCAGGUCAUCAAGACUGGGUUUGUUCAUCUUGAAAACAUUCGAACAGCUCUCCUGGGGUGCUACAUGAAAACCUGCGAGAUGGAUGAUGCGGACAAGAUUUUUUGUGGGAUGGAAACAGUUCAAAGUGUGGUAUCAUGGACGGCCAUGAUCGGAGGAUACUUACAGAAUGGGAAAAUUGCACAAGCAGUAGAAAUGUUUGUGCGAAUGCGAAAAUGUGAUGUUAAGCCAAAUCAAUACACUUAUUCGACAGUACUCGCUUCUCUUGAAACCACUUCUUUGUUUCAAGUGCAUGCAGAUAUCAUCAAAACAAAUUACGAAAGCUCGUCCUCUGCAGGGACUGCUUUGCUCAACGCUUACAUAAAGAUGGGCAUGACGAAUUAUGCUGUAAAAGUUUUUAGACAAAUUAAAGAGAAGGACAUUGUUGCUUGGUCUGCAAUGUUAGUUGGAUAUGCCCAAGAAGAGGAUAUUGAAGGUGCCGUAAAUUUUUUUCGCCAGCUGACCAAGGAAGGUGUUAUCCCAAAUGAGUUUACCUUCUCGAGCAUAAUAAAUGCAUGUGCUACAUCCUCGGCAGCUACUGAACAAGGGAAAUUAUUCCACGCAUGCUCGAUCAAAUCCUGUUGUAAUAGUGCUUUGAUCGUGAGCAGUGCCCUUCUAACCAUGUACGCUAAAAAGGGAGAUAUCUCAAGUGCCAAUGAAGUCUUCAAGAGGCAGCAUGAACGUGACUUAGUUUCUUGGAACUCGAUGAUCUCGGGCUACGCACAGCACGGUUAUGGUGAAAAGGCACUGGAAGUGUUUGAUGAAAUGCAAAAGAAGAAAUUGGAAAUGGACGAGAUUACAUUUAUCGGUGUUAUUUCUGCAUGUACUCACAGAGGUCUAGUGAAAGAAGGUGAGAAAUAUUUUGACUUAAUGGUGAACAACCUCCGUAUUUCUCCCACGAUGGAGAUUUAUUCGUGCAUGGUUGAUUUGUACAGUAGAGCCGGUAUGUUGGACGAAGCUGUAUCUGUAAUUACCAAAAUGCCCUUUCCAGCCGGCCCAACUAUUUGGUGUACACUCUUGGCUGCAUGCCGGGUGCACCGAAACUUAGAGCUGGGCAAGUUUGCAGCUGAGAACCUCAUUUCGUGUCAACCACAGGACUCAGCUGCGUAUGUCUUAUUAGCUAAUCUGCAUGCCGUGACAGGAAACUGGCGGGAUCGGUCGAGAGUAAGAAAACUGAUGGAGGAGAGAAAAGUGAAAAAAGAAACGGGAUACAGCUGGAUUGAGGUUAAAAAGAAGACAUACUCAUUUGUGGCCGGGGAUGUUUCGCAUCCUUUGUCUAAUAAAAUAUAUAUGAAACUUGGAGAACUAAAUGCUCGUUUAAGGGACGUCGGAUAUAAACCGGACACGAGUUACGUGCUCCAUGAUAUUGAGGAGGAACAAAAGGAGGCCAUCCUCUCUAGGCACAGUGAGCGGCUGGCUAUUGCAUUUGGGUUGAUUUCUGUACCGUGUGGUAUUCCAAUAAAGAUCAUAAAGAAUCUUAGAGUUUGUGGUGACUGCCAUACUGUGAUUAAGCUGAUAUCCAAACUGGAAGGCAGGGAAAUUGUCGUGAGGGAUUCAAACCGCUUCCAUCAUUUUAAUGAUGGCUCGUGCUCUUGUGGAGAUUACUGGUGA